GGGAGACGAGGAUAAGCAGCCAGACAGAGGGAGAGAUCACCUUCUCCUUAAACCAUUAAUAAAUGUAGAGGCAGAGGAAGAAGGGGAGAGAGAAAGAGCAAGAGAGAGGAAAAGGGAGGCUGUGCGAGGCGAGGCGGGGCAGGAGGGGAGGUGGGGCAAGUGUGGGAGAGGCAGAAGGGUGUGUGCUCACAUGAACCACUCUUGCCCUUCUGCGUGUGUGUUGCCACUAGUCUGUGUCUGUCGGGCAGAGAAAAGAAAAGUUGGGGCAAAGUCUGAGUCAGCUUCCAGCUCAGCUACCAGACACUCACAGCAACUCCCUCCACAGUGACAGGUUUCUUCUCUCUCUCUUUUUUUUCUCUCACUCAUUUACUCUCUCUUUCACACACACACACACACACACACACACACACCACCCGUCACUCCUGGCAGAGGAAAGACAAGGACCACAGGAGAACUGUUACACACCUUUACUCCCCAGCUACUCACCCAGCCAUCGCCAGACGCUUUUGCCCAGGAUGUGGACGCUUGUCUUGGGGGUCACCUUUGGAUUACUGGCCUCCUCCAGGUCGGAGCAACUUAAAGUGAGUUCGCGCACCUGCAGCUAUGCCGGGGUAUUUCUGGCUGAGGGAGCGACGCGUCACUCCCUGAACUUUGAAACGGCCGCAGAGGUGUGUGAGCAGCUGCAGAGCGUCUUGGCGAGUCCAGAUCAAGUCCAGGAGGCCUAUGAUAAAAAGAUGGAAACAUGCAGGAACGGCUGGAUGAACAAUGUGAGCACUGCCAUCCUCAGACACUCACACCAUGAGAACUGUGCACAGAACAUGACUGGCUUCAUCAUACAUUCAUAUGUGACUAAAGAGGAACCCAGUGACGUCUACUGCUAUGAUGUAACAGCUGGGCCUGACAAGAACUGUACGAAAAAAUUUGAAGAUAAAGAAUACUUACCCUCAGAUGAACCAGCUGAACCCACACCAGAGCCUCACACCCCAACAGCAGCAGAGAACCAGGAGGAGACCACUCUGAAAACACAACCUGAUGAUGCCUCUGGUGGUGAGGGGGGUGACACCACGGUAACCCCUGAGGAGGAUGAGACCGAAACGACCCCCCCAGCCACCACAAGUCUCACAACACUAGACGAUCUAGAUGCCACGAACGGCCCCACUGUAGAAGAGGACACCCUUGGAGGGAGCGACAGCAGCAGCGUGGCGUCCACUUUCACUCCUGCAGAGUUGGACCAGCCCACUGGAUCUGGGAUGAUGCCAACCGGUCCUGAGGAGGAGACAGACUCCCCGGUGGCCCCUGUUGGAGAGCCGGAGAAAAGAGCACCUACCGCUGAAGAUGACAAUAAUAAAGCGCCUCAAGGAGAUGAUCCCGGAACAUCAAACUGGGUGUUGAGCAUUGGACUGAUUGUGGCAAUUGCUGCUGUUCUUCUCGUGUGCGCAGCCGUUGCCAAAAGAAAGAGCUGGUGCGGCAAAAAGCAAACCCUGAAUAUCACAUCCAAAGACGGCGGCGAGGGAAACGGGGCUGCAGCAUCAGCAUCCAGCUCCCACGCCCAGGAGAGAGAGCAGGAAAUGGUGACCCUCAUGAACAAGGAGAAGAUCCAGGAGAACGGCAACACCGAGGAGUUCACCGUCAUCACGCUAGAGGAGUCGCCAGAUAAAGAGCAGCUGGCGUGAGAGAGAGAGAGAGAGAGAAGACUGUAGAGGCAGACAGGAGAGAGAGUAGGUGAGGAUAGGGAGGGAUGGAGUGAGGAGAUGGUUGGGAGAUUGGAUAGGUAUAGGGGGGUUUGGGGGCUCCAAACACUGGUGGUAAAUAACUGCUUUGGUGGCCAGCACUGGAUCGGGGUGUAUGUGUGUGUUAUUUAGAAAGAUUGAGGUACAAAGUAUUGUACUGGGUCUGAAGCUGUUGCCUCUCAGUGGGAUCAGGUCUUUCAAACCAACAUGUGCAGCAUUUUGUUUGUCUGGUAUGCCAGGUUAGCUAUAGGACCGAAUGGCGGUCAAGGAGCGUCAUGCACGGUGGGGUGUCAUGCAUUGAUGCAUAGCAGGGUGCGUGAGUGUGUUUUUGUGUCAGUUCUUUGUGUUUGUGAGCUUUGUUGACGACGGGGCUGGUUUUUAAAGGGAGGGGGUGGCGAUGGGGCUAAUUUGUGAAGAACAUAUCGAUGACAAAUUAUUCUCUUUUUGUAGAAUUGGUGGAUCCUAAAUUGUAUGGCCUUUCAGCCAAAAUGGGGAAUAAUAAAUCAAUGGGUUAUUUUAUUUGAGAUACUGCAGAUAGAAAAACUAAUCAUUUUGAGCACCCUUGAUGUUUUUUCUGUUUCUUUGUUUUGGUCGCUUAUUGUUGUAACCUUGUGUAUAUUUCAGACAUUUACCUGUGGACUGGAGUUUGUUUCCAUUUCCAAGACAACUGGGGAUGUCACUACCUUAAUUUAUGCAGCGUUGAUUCUCUUUUUCUUGGUCUCUGUAUAUAAAGUAUAUGUUUUUGAAAUGCCUUAGCAAUAGCUGCCCGUGUUUUUUUCUUGUUUUGUAGAAAAGGGCUUUGUAUGCCUUUUUAAAUAAAGGAAUGUGUCAUUUUUUUGACAGUUAUUUAAUUAGAAAAAAAACAGUACCUCCGAGGUAAACAAUUGUGAAUGGAUUUUUGCAAUAGUCAAAGUGGAGUGGAUAUUGUAUGAAUCAACUUGAUGUAUAGCAUCCAAAUCUGCUGCAAUUGAUGCACCAUUGAAGUCAGUUACAUACAUUUCUAUUGGGUUGGGAAUAUGAUGAUGAAAUCCCUGAUGUUAUCCUGAGGAUAAUGAUAAAAAUGAUGUAUACAUGCUAUAUACACAGUGUGUACAUUGAUUAAUUAAGAAAAAAAAGAAAGAAUUGGAUAAAUAAAUAAUUUUUUCAAUGCAAAAUUUAAGCUCAAUCGUGACAAGUGAGUGACGGCGGCCUAGCUUUAGAUGCUAAACUGCAUGGCACAUAUGAUAAUGGGGGGCCCAUGUGCUGUAAACACAUAGCAAUGUAACGGUUUCUUCAUAAGAAAGGGGCUGUGACAACGUCGUCUGUGUGCUCCCGAGGGGGGAAGGGAGUGAUGAAUGAAGCUUGUGUGCUUGCCCAGGCCUCAAUGUGCCAGUUUCUGUACAUUUUUCAUAUGUAAACAAAAUUGCUGCAGUUUUUUCUACUGACCUUCUCAUUGGUGAAAUAUAUCAUACAUUGUGUCAUAUCAAUAUUAUUCCCAGUGUGAUAGCUAAUUCUUCCUGGCUUUCAGUAUGAAAACGCUGAAUUACAAACAGCGAUUGCAAACAGAUUUUUUUUUUGUUGUUUCCGUUUAUUUCCUGCUUUUGCUCUCAUGAUUCGUUUUUGAGGAGAAGUAGCUAAUGCACUAGUGUAGGCAGGUUUUAUGACAAUUAACAAAAAGAUGUCGCUGAAACGAUUUGUAAAGUCAUGAAUGAAAAUAAAUGUGUAUAGAAAAGA